UCGAACAAGCUGAAAGUGACUCGAUGUCUGGGUCAGAAAGCAAGGAGAAUGAUGAUGUUAAAGUUACAGUUACUGCUGAUGUUCAAAUUCAGGAAAGCAUACCUCAACAAUCAAGUGAAGUUCAGGUAAAACCAGAUGUUGUUUCCACUGGCAUACAAAUCACAGAUACUGAAAUGAAAACUGCUUCUACCCAAACUGAUAGACAACCAAAGAAGCUUUGUUUGGACACCAAUUGUGUAGUCACAAUACCUGCGUCUGUCCCCAAAUUGUGUAAAAUAGAAAAACUAAGUGUUCAGCACAUGCCUCCUAUUGAUAUUAAAAGAAAAUUGGUAGUACAACGUGUGCUGAAGUUUUACAUUGAUAGUCAGGGUAGAACACAUUAUAUUUCGCAGAGCAAGGCAAGAAAUAGUAAAUUUUAUGAAUUAGUUCAUACCAGUCAUCAGUCUAACUUAAAAAUUAGAUUUGAAAAGGAACUGAGGGAUUGGUUAAAGAGUGCAAGCAGCGAAUUAAGUUUUUUCUUGACCAAUAAACACAGUGUCGCACUACCCUACACUAAACCGCCUAGUGCAGGACGCAUGGGCUCAGUCAGUGAUGGUGAACUAGUAAUAAUAAGAAAGAAACAGUUGAAAGAGAGUAUGAAACCGAAAAGUACAGACAAGCUGGAGAGUUUAAGCAAAGAGUUGAUCUUAAAAUCAUUUCAUAUAUACGAUAAUCCAAACAUGCAUGACCCUGGUGAAACAAAAUUGCCUCUUAAUGUUAACAGCAUGGAUACAUCUGUUUAUAAGACUUAUAUAAACCCCGAUGGCUUGCCAAAUGCUGCAUCCACAAGCAUUAAUCGAACAGGAAUUAUCAUAACUCCUGAAACUUUACAAAAAAUAUCGCAACAUAAACCGGUGUAUAUCAAGAACCAAAUGUCUUUUGGAGAAACUAAAAAAAGUACAGCAGCAAAGAAAAAUCAAACGGUUGCUAUAAGUGCCACCGAAAAAAAACAAUCGGAUCCAUCAUGUUCCCCAAAUAAUGUGCCAAUAAAUUUAUACGACCUUGGUCUAUAUUCUGCAAAAUCAACCCAGGUGGAAACAUCAUCUUUUAAAUCAUCUGUGAGCUCGACCCCAGAAAAACCAAAAAUUGAAACAGAAAAUGUGGACCCUCCAAAAACCAGUAUCUCUUCUUACGACAAGGAUACUAAUAUGAGUUACGAAAAGAUAAGUAUCACGGUAAGCUAUUCGAGUGAGGAAACAGUCAAUUCUGAAUCAUUCAAGAGUCAAGACUUCGAGCAGCAGAAGGUUUCAGAUUAUGUCCAAAAACAUGAACGAGAAUUGCAUAUUGUCGAACCCAUACACCAGACCACAGUGCCAGAGACGAAGACUACGAGUCGAUUAGGAUCUCAAGAUACAUUCCAACAACUUAAAGAAAAAUUCGCUAAAGAAGGAUACAACCACAAAGACAAAGUAUGUGAUAUACCUUCAGUUCAGUCUCUAGAAUCAACAAUACCUGAAUUUAUAAUGAGUUUAACGGAAUCAACGUCACAUGAUUUGAAAAAAAUAUUACCACACAUUCGCAAAAAUGUGACAGGUUCAGUACAUUCUAAGAGCAAUAUGGCUUAUAGUGAAACGGGUUCUGGCAGAAAAUUAUAUACUGACAAUCAUGAAAGUGGUUAUAAAAACAGUUCUUCCAAAGCGAAACAAUCCAAAAAUGAUUUUACAGUCCUCUCAAUGCAGAUUCAUGGAGAUUGUGUACCAAAUGACUCUAAUUUGAUGAAUUCUCACUUAAAGUUAGGCAAGAACGGCAGAUAUAAAGACGAAGAAAAUUUAUUUUGUGAGAACCGCCCAAAAGUAGCUAGUCUUCCCUUGAGACGUAGAAUGCUAAAAAAUACACCCAGAUCUAAUUAUGUCAAUAAAUACGCAUUUGAUUCGUCGAGCGGUGAUGCCCUGUCAGUAGAGCCAUCGUUUUCUGAAGGCGAAAUUAAAUGUCACAGCAGUGUCAGUAUAGGUGAAGUCCAUAGAAAACCACAAUUAGACCACUUUAGCAAAUUUAGGCCAAAAAUUACUCAUAAUAAUCCUAGUUCUGAUGCAAAUGUAAUUAGAGAGCGUAGAACAUAUUUUAAUCAUUGGAUUACAUAUUACAUUAAUAAAAAUGCAAGAAUACCAUUAUUAAGUCAGAGCAGCUCGACGAGUAGUAAUUAAGGUUUGUCGUUAAAUCAUCGUGAUAUGUUUGUAGCGAUAAGUAGGUUAAAAACAUUCUUUUGGUGUGAGAGAAUAAAGAUUUUGAAUCGAAAUAUUUGCAUUUUUUUGUCAAGUAGAACAAACAGGAUGUUUGGGAUUGAAAUUAUGAACUUCUUGUUGCUUGCACUAGUUUAUUUACUUUAGAUCCCAAACAUUUUGGUCCAUUCGAGACAGAUAAGUAACAGCAUAAAGGAAAAGAGCAGAACAGUUAAAACCAGAAGCUCAUGAAGAAACAUCACCACGAAGAUAGCAAACACCGAAGAGAGCAAGCACAAAAUAAAGUAAGUCUAGCCAUUUAAUUUCCUUUCCUCGUUCAUUCGAUAAUAAGUUUUUACGAUUUAUUCAAUUCGGCAAUUCACGUAAGAAGGGACUUAUCGGACGUUCAAAAAUUAAUUUAUUUAAAAAUGUGUUGUAAGAGCGAUGUGCUUCGUGAAAUGGAAUCAUUAGAGGUUGCUGCAUAAAAUUACAAUCCGGCUCGAAGGACCAAAAUGUUUGGGAUUGAAAUGAUGAACUUCUUGUUGCUUAAUACACUAGUUUAUUUACUUUGGAGUGGAUUGUAUUCUUAUGAAUGAGUGAAAUGCUUACUUUGACGAUUUAUUUCUAACUGGCCAAAGGCCUGCUACAUGUCUAUUUAUAAUGGUUAGAGGUAAGUAAGGUACCAUGAAUAUUAUCGGAAAUCUCGAGUUACCUGCUUUAGGUCCAAAACUUUAAAUUACUUUAUUACAAAUUACAGGAAAUGUCAGUAGGAUUACCCAUGCAACUGUAGGAUUAUAAGAUAAUAUCCUUCCCGCUGUUGCAUACCUAAUAGCAUAAUAGUGUUAACAAAUAAACAAAGUUGUAAAAGAUACCUAAAUACAGAGAACUGCUUAGACCUAAACUUACAAAUAAGUGAUUAAUUAAUCUUAUAUUUAUGUAUCCACAAGAUUAUGUACACAGGAGUAUAUCAAAAGUUUGCAUAUA